AAGGACCCUCAGAGACCUACUAGGAUUGACUCCCUGGAAGCUUCCGUCACCAUGACGACCCCCCGCUGAAGGUGACGACUGCCGAUACCUAUCAGAGUCGAUAGAAACUCAUUCAACCCCGUUCAUAAGUGCAGGUGGUCGUGACAUUGACUUCCUUCUGAAACUUCUUGCUCAUUCCUUCUGCGACCGACCAUACCAAUCACACCCACCCAUCCAUCAAAAUGUCGCGCAACAUCUGCAUCACCGCCGUCGAUGGCCACACUGGCACCGCCAUCGCCGAAUAUAUCCUCAACAAUGAUAACUUCAAGAAGAAGGUCGGCACCAUCACCGGCCUCGCGCUCAAACCCAACUCCAACCAUGCCAAAGAGCUUGCCAAACUUGGCGUCAAAGUCGUUCCGCACAAACCUGGCAGAAUGAAGGAAAUGGUCAGCACCAUGCAGUCCACAGGCGCCGACACCGUCUGCCUCAUUCCACCAGCACACGAAGACAAGUUCAACAUCACUCAAGAGCUCAUCGAAGCCACCAAGCGAGCCAACAUCCCGAACGUGUGCUUUAUCAGCUCCGCUGGUUGCGACCUUGCCGACCCCCAGAAACAACCUCUGCUUCGCGAGUUCAUCGAGCUCGAGACCUUGGUCAUGUCAGCGAAAGGCGACUCCAGUACCGAGACCGGCCACUCUCCUGUGGUGAUUCGGCCUGGAUUCUAUGCUGAGAACCUGCUCCUGUAUGCGCCACAGUUGAUGGAAGAGAAGACCAUUCCACUUCCAAUUGGUCAAAACCACAAAUUCGCGCCUAUGGCAAUUAGGGAUCUUGCGCAAGUCGCCGCCAAUGUGCUCACAGGCAAGGGCAAGCAUGGAUUCAGCGACAAACACCGUGGCCAACUGAUGGUCCUCACUGGUCCCAUGCUCUGCGCAGGACAAGAACUCGCAACCGCAGCAAGUCAGGCUUUGGGCGAAGAGUUCGAGUUCGAAGAUAUCUCCGAAAACGAAGCGAAGAAAGUCCUCAAAGCUCAAUCGGACCUCGACCCCUCGGAACUGCGGUACCUCCUUGAGUACUACUCGCUCGUCCGCGAAGGAAAAACAAACUACAUCUCCACCACUGCCUUCCACGACGUUACCGGCCAGCACCCUCUCGAGCUUCCAGAGUUCUUCAAGGAGGCCAAACAGACUCUCGCUUCGCAUACUUCCAAUGGGCAUCCGAACAAGAAGAGAAAGACCGAAGGUUGAGGACAUGAGUACAACGGCGCAUUAGGACUGAGGAGUUGGAUGAGUAACACCGACGUGCUCGGUUAUCAAGGGCAGUCCUUCAAAGAUGUGGAUGCACAGGAGACUUACAGCCUCGAGGCGGACUAGUGAGGCCAUCGGAGCUCGCCGAUACCCACUUCACUCAGCCCGAGGUGUGAGAAGAGUAAACUCGCAGGAAUGAUUGGAAUCGGCCGUUAAAUUAGCUUGAAAUACAGGUCGUCUGUUUCCUGCUGGCAGAUAAGGUAACUUAAGCAGUAUACGGAUCAGACAAUUGCC